UCUUCGAGAGUCCAGGCUUCGACCAGGAAAGGGGGAAGCCAGAAGCCGGCCGACGAGGUAACGGCCGAGGUCUGCCAUGGGACAGCCAGUUUGAUCCAAUUGAUCCAAUCCAUCAUCAAUCUUCAAAUCAACGACUGUAAAAUACUCCUAAUACACUCCACUGUAGCCUCUGCAGUUGCCAAUGUCAACUGCAUCCCGAUGGGACAGCCAGUACUCCUUCUCUCUCACCACCUUCAGGCCGUCGAGGAAGCUGGUGCUGAUCGAAUACGCGCUGAUUGCCGUAGGGUCCGGCCAGACCUCCCUGGGAAUCAAAGAUGCACCUGAAGAUGCACAAUAUCAGGGCUUUGAAUUCCAGAUGCUCUUUAAUUAAGCUCAGACAUUGUCACUGUGACUGGUUGAUUUCAUUCGUCCCGAUAUAUUUGCUGAUAUAGUGUGCAUUGUAGAGUCACAUAUGCGGGCAAAAUCUCGGAGGUUUUGGAGUUUCUUGAUGCAUAUGAAAUCUACCGAGUUUAAUACGGUUCAAAAGUUAGAUCUUUCUUGUUUCCUUGAUGUCAAUGGAACCUGUUGGAGCGUGUACAUCAGGGUAACGAGUUUUGGCCUAAAACCUGCAAAAAUAUGUCAUAAUCAUAACCCAUACUCAACCGCAUAGCUGCCCUAGCAAUGAUCAACAUACUUGGUUUGUUCGAAUCCCACAUCUUGCUUUUUUAUACUGUUCAAAUCCCACAUUAUCAAUUACUUUUUCAUAAAAAAUCCUUUUUCUGGAGAUAUUUAAAUUCGAAUUUUGUACAAAAAUUUGGCUGCUCUCUUUUGUGAUUUUUCCCGAAAUUUCUGGUUUCCCAAUCUUUGGGGGCUUGUGUGGGUGAUUUUUCUGGCCAAGAUUAAAAUCCCUUGUCUCCACUGCAACAAAGAAUUUCGGUCUAUGUAAGGUAUUCUUGUAUAAGUUUUUUAUUUGUUUUUUAAAAAACUCGAUCACGGGGAGAAGACGCCCCUGGUUUUGUCUUAAGAGAGGGGAGUACCAAACCCUUUAUGGAGGUAUUCAUAUGACCUGUGAGCACUCGAGUUCGAGCUCAGGUGGAUGACCUCUCAACUUGAGGCUCCGGUUCGCUUUUUUUUACUUGUUCAGAUGCUCGACAACAAUCUUUUGGUAAUGAAGGAGGAUGCUCGGCAGCAUAUACUCACCAGGACCUCCUUUUGGAGUUGGAAUUUAGAAUUUAGAAGUGGAUUAAGCGUAGUUAAAUUUUCUUUCCUUUUUUAAAUUUGUUUUUUGCCUUCAUAUCCAUUAUACUUAUUACCUCUUUAAUUUUCUGCCACUCAGCAGCUGUGUUCUAGAAGUUAAUUUAAUAUAAGGAUCUUUAACUCACAUUAUCAAUAUUUGUGUCUGAACUUAAACUGCUUAAUGAAACUUUUACUACUGAUACAUGUAGCUGUUAUAUUAUAAUGACUCUGUAGCAUAGCAUGUGCAGUUUCAAAUUGUUCUAUUCCGUUGUUGGCGCAAGAAGAUAUUUUGCACGAACAAGUGCGGUGUGGGCUCACUCACAUGAGUGGCUCAAGCUUGGAGAAGAAGUGGAGAGGGAUGAACACUAAAUAUGUCAAUGGUAAAAAGGAUCGGUCCCUUGGCUUGAUGGCCAAGGGUCUGUAUUUAUAGGACUAUCUAGGGUACAUAUAUACAAGUAUGCCCUUACAUCGAUAUAAAUAUCGCAAUACGUCAUGGGUCUAGAGCCUGUUGAAUCACACAGCAUGAGUCUAGGUGGGAUACUUUUGCCCCUAACUUAGAAGAUAUUAUCUACUAUAGCGAUACAGUGAUACAAGUGGUCCAAAAGGCAUGAUAUUUUGUUAGUCGCCUAUUGCGGGAUGUCAGGAUGGCCUCCACUUGCGUCGCAUUAAAUGUAUGUCACCUCCUUGCAGGUGGAGGGCGGUUGAUGGGUCUGUUCUAGUUGAUAUUUUUCCAAGGUCUGAUGGCCUCUUCCUAUGGGCUCCAAGGAGCCUACCCAGGAUCCGAGAGACGGGGGCCUUCGGGAGGCCGGGGCUCUGGGAGUCUGCGGCUUUAGGAGGCCGGGGCUCCGCGAGACCGGGGCUCUGGGAGGCCAGCGAGACCGGGGCAUCGAGGGUGCUCAGAGACGACCCCCAACCUCCCUCGGAGGAUGGCUUCUUCUCCUAUCUUAGACAGUAGCCGGAGGGGUCUACGUCCUCUAGAAGCCAGGCCUCCUCCUUUGGAUAUCUUAGACAGUAGCCAGAGGGGUCUACGCCCUCCAGAAGCCAGGCCUCCUCCUUUGGAUCUGGAGCCCGGCUCUAGAUGAGCUCCUGGUGGCAACCUUUUAGCAAUAUCUGCGGGCUGGGGUAUUUCCCCCAACAGCACCCCUUCAUUUGCUAGCCUGAGGUGAGAAGGGGUGAGCGGAUGUAAAAGGAACUAGCUCUAGCCUGACAUCGUAGUUAGGAUAUCCCAUGACAUAGCUUCAAUCCAUAGAGGAGUCUCAGUAAUUACCGUUAGUGACGAUGUCGGGGCCUGAUGGAAGCGGCAAGGCUCGGAGGUGUAGAUAACGUCGUCCUGUAGUUGAAUCGUCAUCCUAUAGAACUUACCUUUCAGCUUUUGUAACACCCUCUUGUCACAGAGGAUGCCAAAAGUUUGGCACCAUUUCAUCCAUCCGGCUUUGAUUUUAUGACUAACAUCUUUAUCGAUAUCACCAUCCCUCUAUAGCAUCGAUCCUAAAUAUCGAAAGGUAUCCUUCUUGGGAACCACCUCUCCACCGAGACUAAAAACUUCUCCUUCAUGCCUAGUAUCACUGAAAUCGCACUUUAUAUACUUAGUUUUAGUCUUACUAAGUUUAAAACCAUUCGAUUUUAAAGUAUAUCCCUACAACUUCAAUUUCCUAUUAACCCCUAUCCUACACUCGUCAACUAGCACAACAUCAUCAGCAACGAGUAUACACAAAUAGAUAUCUCCCAGAAUGUCCCUUGUGACCUCAUCCAUGACCAAAGUAAAUAAAUAAGGGCUCAAAGCUGACUCUUGAUGUAGUCCUAUUUUAAGACGGAAGUCAUCGGUGACACUUUCACUUGUUCGAACACUUGUCACAGCGUUAUUGUACAUAUCCUUGAUGAGGGUAAUAUACUUUGUUUGGACUCUAUGUUUCUCUAAGGUCCACCACAUGACAUUUCUCGGUAUUUUGUCGUAAGCCUUCUGCAAGUCAAUGAAUCUCAUGUGUAGUUUCUUCUUUUGUUCCCUAUCUCUCCAUAAGUUGCCUUAUCAAGAAAAUCGCUUUCAUGGUCGACCUCCUAAGCAUGAAACCAAAAUUGGUUUCGGUAAUGCUCGUCAUUCUACUUAGGCGAUGCUCAAUAACUCUCUCCUAUGGCUUCAUUGUAUGUCUCAUCAACUUAAUUCCACAGUAAUUAGUACAGCUUUGAAUAUCUCCCUUAUUCUUGAAGAUUGGUAGUAAUAUACUUCUUCAUUCUUUAGGCAUUUUGUUUUACCGAAAAAUUAGGUUGAAGAGCUUAGUUAGCCAUGCUAUCGCUAUGUCUCCAAGACAUCUCCAUACCUCAAUGGGGAUACUAUCAAGGCCUACCGUCUUAUCUCCUUUUAUCCUUUUAAAAGCUUCCUUGACCUCAACUUUAUGAAUCCUUUGUACAAAUCUCCUGUUGGUAUCAUCAAAAGAUUCGUCCAGCUCAUUGCUAAAGCUCUCGUUCUUCCCGUUGAACAGUUCGUCGAAGUACUCUCGUCAUCUAGUCUUGAUCUCAUCAUCUCUCACCGGAAGUCGACCGGUCCCAUCUUUGAUGCAUUUGACUUGGUUGGCGUCCCUCGUCUUCCUUUGACGGAUCUUGGCAUCUUGUAGAUGUCCUUCUCUCCUCCCUUUGUGCCCAACCGCUGAUAAAGGUCCUCAUAAGCCCGACCUCUUGCUUCGCUCACAGCUCGCAUUGCAGUCUUCUUUGCCACUUUGUACUUCUCUAUGUUUUCCGCACUCCUGUCAAGGUGUAAGCAUCUGAAACAUUCUUUUUUCUCCUUGAUAGCCUUUUGAACAUCUUCGUUCCACCACCUAGUGUCUUUAGCUUCGCACCUGCUUCCUUUGGUCACCCCAAACACCUUUCAAGCCACCUUCCUAAUGCAAGUUGCCAUCUUCAUCCACAUGUCAUUUGUAUUAUCUCUUUCCUUCCAAGAGUCCUCGUUAAUAACCCUCUCUUUAAAGUUCUGUGCCGCCUCUCCUUUGAGCUUCUACAACUUCGUUCUUGCGAUUUUAGAGUCCUUGUCCCGUCAAACACGUAUGCAGAAGCGAAAGUCAGCCACCACAAGCUUAUGUUGAGGGACAACACAGUCUCCAGGAAACUAUACCUGUUACUCAGCUUGUCCGAGAAACUGCUGCUGUUAUGCAGGAGUUCACACAGUGUGGUGGUGUAAGACCAUGUGGUGUAUCUGUGUUGAUUGCUGGGUAUGAUGACAAUGGCCCCCCGUUAUACCAGGUAGGCCCAUCAGGAUCAUACUUCUCCUGGAAACCAUCAGCUAUGGGGAAAAAUGUGUCCAAUGCAAAGAUGUUUCUUGAGAAGAGAUACACAGAAGACAUGGAGCUUGAUGAUGUCAUCCAUACUGCAAUUUUGGCUCUGAAAGAAGGAUAUCUUACUCCCAUCAUGUUAUUUCCUCUGUUACUAUGUUCUCCAGUGUCAUCACUGACCCAAUUCUGGACUUGCAGAUACGAAGGGCAAAUCUCUUCCAACAACAUUGAAAUUGGGAUCAUUCGAUCUGACCGUGAGUUCAAGGUUCUGAGCCCCGCAGAGAUCAAGGAUUUCUUGGAAGAGGUGGAGUAAGGUGCUUGUCAACAACAUACGGUUUCAGAAAAGAAAAGCAAGACACCUGAGCAGCCGAACGGAAGCCCGCCAAGAGUUCGUCAAAUCCUUUUCUUUUUUAAAAAAAAAAAAAAACUUUGAACUGAUUAACUGCAGCGAGACAGAGGAACUUUUAUUUGAAUCCUCGUGGAUGCAUAUUGUAGACUCGGACGAGGCUUCGAACCUAUUGGUAGGUGCAUCAUGUCGUACUUGUCACACUGUCCAUCACUACUUGGCCAAUAUAUAGUGUGGUGCCUAUCCUUUCUGUA